AUGGCUGCGGUGGUGCGGAUGCCGCCGCCGCCGCCGCCGCUGCUGCUGCUGCUGCUGCUGCUGCUGGCAUCGGCGCCCGCCGCGCCCGCACGCGACCCCUUCGCCCCGCAGCUCGGGGACACGCAGAGCUGCCAGCAGCGGUGCCGCGAGCGCGACCCUGGCCCGCGGCCCUCACAGCCGGGGCUGCCGGCCCCCUCCGAGUCCCCGUAUGACAGGGCCGUGCUGGUCAGCGCCUGCGAGCGGGGCUGCCGCCUCUUCUCCAUCUGCCGCUUCGUGGCCAGGAGCUCCAAGCCCAAUGCCACGCAGAGCGAGUGCGAAGCAGCCUGCGUGGAAGCCUACGGGAAAGACACGGAGCAGCAGGCCUGCAGAGAGGGCUGCCAGGGCCAGCUGGCCGAGGCCGAGCCGUCGCUGGAGCAGAGAAAGGUCCUGGAGGCUCCGAGCGGGGCCCUGUCCCUCCUGGAGCUCUUCUCCACCCUCUGCAAUGAUUUUGUGAACUCGGCCCAAGGCUUUGUCUCCUCCACGUGGACUUACUACGUGCAGACGGACAACGGGAAGGUGGUGGUGUUCCAGACCCAGCCCGUGGUCGAGAGUCUCGGGUUCCAAGGGAGCCAUCUGCAGCGAGUGGAGGUGACCUGGCGUGGAUCCCACCCCGAGGCCUUGGAGGUGCACGUGGACCCGGUAGGCCCUUUGGACAAGGUGAGGAAGGCCAAGAUCCGCGUCAAGACCAGCAGCAAGGCCAAGGUGGAGCCGGAAGAGGCGCAGGACAACGACUUCCUCAGCUGCAUGUCCCGGCGCUCAGGGCUUCCUCGCUGGAUCCUGGCCUGCUGCCUCUUCCUGUCCGUGCUGGUGAUGCUGUGGCUCAGCUGCUCCACCCUGGUGACCGCGCCGGGCCAGCACCUCAAGUUCCAGCCCCUGACCCUGGAGCAGCACAAGGGCUUCCUGGUGGAGCCGGACUGGCCCCUGUACCCGCCCCCAUCACACGCCUGUGAGGGCAGCCCCCCGCCCUACAAGCUGCAGCUGGACCUCACCAAGCUGUAGCACCGCUAACUGCCGGGGCCGGCUGCCUGCGCCUGCGAGUCCACGGCCUGCGGGGGACCGUCCUGGGGCUUCUCCACCGCCCCGACCUCCGACCUUCUGGCCCCGCCCCCUCCAGAGCCUCCUGCCAGUCCCCUCCCAGCUUGGCGGGCUGCCCGGCCUUGGUUCCUCCCCCACCAUGCUGUUCGUCAUCUUCUGUCCUGUGGCUUCGCCCCUAGUCCCGGGUCGCCUUUCUUCUCUCUUCUUCCCCCCCCCCCCCCGGGAGGGGGCUGAGGCCGCAGGGGCCAUCCCCUCCCCCAUCCUGUCCCUGUCCCAGAGGCCCCAGCUCCCCACGCAGGGGGCAGGGGCGCUCCCAGUGGGGAGGGAGGGCGGCUGGGGCUGCAGGUGCCGCAUGGGGGUGGGGGAGAAUAAA